GAGAGUCGGUGAAUAAACGUUCGAAAGCUCCAGAUCGCUGUCGUUAUUCCUCACCAUAACACAUGUAAUAAGAUAUAUGUACACCUCGGCUGUCGAGCAUAAAGAGAGACAAAAGACAGGUACAUCACACAAGUAUCAAACAUCUAGUAGAGAAAUGGAACUCCUUUUCCAUAAUAUCAACGUGACAAUUAACAAGAAGCAUAUCCUACAUGAUAUAUCUGGGAUGGCAAAGCCUGGGAAACUGCUAGCCGUCAUGGGACCAAGCGGUUCUGGGAAGACCACCCUCCUGUCUGCUAUUGCUGGUCGUGUUCCGCGGGACAAGGGGGACGUUCUCCUCGACGGCCAGUCUCUCUCCAAGCCUCUUAAAAGGAAGAUUUGUUACGUACUGCAAUCCGAUAUCUUCUUUGCUAAUUUGACGCUGAAGGAAACUCUGGUGUACACCGCCCUCUUGCGCCUGCCCGACAGCAUGCCUCACAAGGAGAAGAUGGCCAGGGUGGACGAGAUUGUCAAUUCGCUGGAUAUAAAGAAGUGUCUGAAUACGUUAAUUGGCAGCAUAUCUCAACGGGGUCUGUCAGGAGGGGAAAAGAAGAGAGCCAACAUCGCCUGUGAAUUGUUGACUAACCCAAAAAUUAUGUUACUCGAUGAACCUACCUCCGGUCUUGAUUCUUGUACGGCUUUCAGUCUCAUGAAAAACAUGAAGGACUAUUCUGCGGUCCACAACAAGACAGUGGUGACCACCAUACAUCAGCCCUCCAGUCAGAUAUUCCACAUGUUUGACAGUUUACUGUUGCUGUGUGAGGGGCAUAUGGCAUAUUUUGGUGAUGCAGGCAAAAUGGUGGAUUUCUUCAGCAGUAUGGGUCUUCAUUGUACUCCACUGUACAACCCAGCAGAUUUUAUGAUGGAAAAAAUGAAAGAUAGUGAUGAGGUACAAAAUCUGAUCAUCAACAGUGCAAGUGCAUUAAGACAGUCUGAUCAAUGGCCAAAUAAGCUGAAAGCCCUCGAUCUUAAAAUUUUGGCAAAUAACAAAGGAUUAACGAAUAGAAAUGACAAAGGAGAUAUUGAUGAAACAGAAGAUGCGCGUCCCUGUAAUUUUGGUUUUGGCAUGAAUUCAGAGGACAAAGAAAAAGGUCCCUAUCCAUUAGUGCACCAAGCUUCAGAAAUCUCGAUUUGCAUUUCGAAAGAAAUGGCAUCCAAAUACUUGCAGCAAAAGUACGACGACCGCUGGCCCACGUCAUGGUGGACCCAGUAUCACGUGCUCACGAGGAGGAAUUUUACCCAAUCAAAAGCUAAAAUAUGGUCCAAAAUUAACCUUAUACACAGCGUUGUUAUAGCAAUUAUUGCUGGGUUGCUAUGGUUCCAGUUGCCAAGGACAGAAGAAACUAUUGCAGACAGGAAAGCAGUGAUCUUCUUUAUCUAUGUAUACUGGUCUUUUAUUCCGCUGUCCUACUCGGUUUCUUCUUUCCCUGAAGAACGCACCGUCAUCGACAAGGAGAGGUCAUCCGGUGCAUAUCGUCUCUCUGCCUACUACCUGGCGAAGAUGACAAGCGAACUGCCGCUUACGCUCCUGCUGCCCUCUGGUUUUGUGUUGAUCGUGUUCUGGAUGGCGGGACUCAACGGCUUCUGGGCAUAUAUUGGGUUUUGGGCUACUGUCAUGCUGACGUCACUGUUCGCUCAGGCUGCUGGCUUUGUCAUUGGGGUAGCAGUAAUGGAUGUGAAGCUGUGUAUAUCAGUAUCGAAGAUAUUCAUUUUAACAAGUAUGCUAGCAGGAGGCUUUUUAACGACCAACACCCCUUUCUGGUUGGACUGGAUAAAGUAUUUGUCGUUUAUUUACUAUUCCUAUCACAUUGGGGUUAUCCUAGAAUUUACAGAGGCGCCACCUUUUAGGUGAGUUCAGAUACAACUUUUUUGGCCACAUCUUAAAGGCAAAUGUUACACUUUUUUACCAUUUACCACUGUAUAACCAUUCUGAAAGUUAGCCAAUUUUAAAUUUUCAUCAACAGUAUGUCAUCCUCUACGGAACAGUUAAUAUGCAUAUUACAUUGAUGCCCGAUUCGAUCGUUUGAUACUACUGGAUGUUAUUUCGUAUUCCAAACAGGUGUUCUAAGAACGGGACCACGGCGUACCCAGACUGCAAGCGAGACCCAGCACUGAUAUUGUACGGAAAUGAAACCAUGUACUUGAAAUCGGAAUCAGUUCUGGAACAGAUGGGAAUAACGUGGCCGCUAUGGCUCUACGUCACCGUCAUCUUUUGCUCUGGAGUAGUGCUGCGGUACAUUGCUUAUUUAAUACUGAGACAUAUACGUAAGCCGCAUUGACGC